AUAUUACAGGGUAAUACAAGACUUGAAGAAAAUAGUAUAGUUUUCUUUGAAUUAAAUUUAAGCUAUGGACACCUAGCAAAUAUCCUAAACGGUAAUAUCUCACAUAUGGACUUUGGACCCUGCUGCAACAUAUGGAAAUCAUAAGAUCACUAAACCAGUAAAACUACUCUUCUGACAAGAUCCAGUUCCUUCGUGGCAAUAUUUUUGUGAUAACACUGCAAUAUCAUCUGCAAAGUCUGAAGGAGAAAUCAGCUUUUGUGACGUAAUGUCGCCUUUCACCUUAUCGCAAUAAUAGCCCCGAGAUUAGUUCAGAACUAUCGGCUAGGUGCAAAUUCCAAUAAUCCACUUGAUAUACUCGAGUAAACACUACUAGUUCCGAAAUCGAGCAGCUGCCGCCUUGAAGGUGAAGGUGAAGAGUAACCCAGAGCCAUGGCCACCACUGAGAAAGUCUCCACCGAGCGCAAGGCCAAUCCGAUUAAAUCCUUCCUCACCGGAGGAUUCGGAGGAAUAUGCAAUGUGUUAUCAGGUCACCCGCUAGACACCAUCAAGGUGCGCCUGCAGACGAUGCCCCGACCGGCGCCUGGCGAGAGUCCCUUGUACAGAGGAACCUUCGAUUGUGCUGCGAAGACCAUCAAGAACGAGGGAGUCCGAGGCUUGUACAAGGGAAUGUCAGCCCCCCUGACAGGUGUUGCUCCCAUCUUUGCCAUGUGUUUCGCUGGCUACGCGCUCGGCAAGCGCCUCCAACAGCGCGGUGAAGACGCCAAGCUCACCUACUCCCAGAUCUUUGUGGCUGGCUCCUUCUCCGGUCUGUUCUCCACCCUGAUAAUGGCGCCUGGAGAGCGGAUCAAGGUUCUGCUGCAGACGCAACAGGGUCAGGGAGGCCAACGCAAGUACAACGGCAUGAUCGACUGCGCUGGAAAGCUCUACAAGGAGGGAGGACUUCGCAGCGUUUUCAAGGGCAGCUGCGCCACCAUGCUCAGGGAUUUGCCCGCCAACGGCCUGUACUUCCUGGUAUAUGAAGCCCUUCAGGAUGUGGCGAAGGCCAAAUCCCAGUCUGGCCAAAUUAGUACUACCUCAACGAUUGUCGCUGGUGGAGUGGCCGGCAUGGCCUACUGGAUUCUGGGUAUGCCAGCCGAUGUCCUAAAGAGUCGCCUGCAGUCGGCUCCCGAAGGCACCUACAAACACGGAAUUCGCAGUGUCUUCAAGGACCUGAUUGUUAAGGAUGGUCCUUUGGCCUUAUAUCGGGGAGUUACGCCCAUCAUGAUCCGUGCCUUCCCGGCGAACGCUGCCUGUUUCUUUGGCAUUGAACUAGCCAACAAGUUCUUUAACAUUGUGGCGCCAAAUUUCUAGUUGAAAAUAGGUGAAAUAAAUUUUAGUGUCUCACUAAAGUGUUUUUAAAUACUAAACGAAA